UGCGCGUAACAGUUAGCUCCCCUCCCGACCUUCACCUCAUGAGACGUUCGAUACAAAAAAUGAUCUUGUGACAAUAAUUGAGUUAUGUGUCAUUUAUAGAUAUUUUAAAGCUUGAUCAACAGUAUAGUUACAGCACAGAAUGAGUGCUACCGUUGCAAAGAAAGGUUUCCAUCUAAAUAAAGAUGACCUGUUGUGUGACAACGGAUGUGGUUUCUAUGGGAACCCAAACUGGAAUGGAUUUUGUUCUAAAUGUUACAAAGAGGUUUACCUGAAAGCAAAGCAGGCUCAGCUGGACCAUGAUGAACAACAGCAAUCCAAGAGCAGCAAACCAUCAUUAGAAGAGGUUCCACCAUCAUUUUCGAAGUUUGCAGAGAAGAAAACCCAACAAACAAACAAACGGUCACACACAGUUAAGUCCAUAUUUAGGAAAGGACCAUCAAAAGAAUUAAGAUUUAGAUGGCCAAAAAAAGAAACACAAGAGAAGGCUUCAAAACCAGUGCCUAGUCGGCCACUUAACACAGAUACUCAACAAGUUGGCGCAGAAUUUGCCAAGUUUUUACAAACUCUACGUAAGAACACAGCAGUAGAUGUGUCUAAACAUAUAAAAGCCAUCGUGGACAAGAUGGGAACAAUAACAGAAGCUCCAGUUGAGGAAAUGUCAGAAGUUGUACAGGACUUCUACCAAACACUGCUGGACAGAAUGGCUAAUAAUGCAUUGUAUAAAGGGUACAGCCAGGAGAUAUUGGACAAGGCCAUGUUUUAUAUAGAGAGUUAUAUGACAGUUAAAUUAUAUGCAACACUGUUCUGUCCAUCACAUACAGAAGACGAACAGAAAGAUUUACACGUACAGAAUCACAUACGUAGUCUACAUUGGGUAACGCCCACUCAAAUAGACACGCCCAUUAAUGAACAUGAUCAAAAUGUUAGGAAGCUGGUGGAUAAAGCAAUUACAGAGAUAAUAGACAUGAAUUCAAAGAAAUCUCCACCAGAUAAACUGGACUGUGUAACCAGAUGUUGUAAAAAUAUAUUUGACAUUCUAAAAGUAUCUUUAGAGGGACCAGCUAAUGCUGACGAUUUCCUGCCGGCAUUGAUUUAUAUAGUGCUUAAAGCCAAUCCACCACAAUUACAGUCUAAUAUACAGUAUAUAACUAGGUUUGCUAAUCCUAGUCGACUAAUGAGUGGAGAAGCAGGAUAUUAUUUUACUAAUCUGUGUUGUGUCGUAUCCUUUAUUGAGAACAUUAAUGCAGAGUCCCUUAAUCUUACCCAGGACCAGUAUGACAGAUAUAUGUCUGGAGAGGCUGUCCCUCCUCAGCGUGGUAACGAGUACAUGUGUGAAGGACUACGUUUAAUGUACGAUAACUUAAAAACAUUAUCGGAACUAAAACAGAGACAGGAAAAAGUAAUGGCGGACACUUUACAACUUCAAGAAGACAUGAAAGACUUUAAGGAUAGUUUUAAGCAAGAAAUCCAAGACGUGCUUGAACGAACACCAUUAACAAUUAAGCCAAGUAAAAUGAAAGUGAACUUAGACGAUGAUAGUGGAUCAUUAAGUGAUUUGCCUACUCCAUUAAUGCCAAUGACAGCACUUAUGUCUGGUGAUGUGUUUGGUCAGGACCAAAGUGAUAUAAACAAUACUCCUUCUAUUGACAAUCAUGAACAAAUGCUGUCUCCUUCUAAUGGAUAAAUAUUGUGUAUGAAGUAUGAAUAAUGAGACAAAUUGCAAUACAUGUAUUUUAUUUCGUUGUAAAUAGCUGUUUCUUGUGCAAAACAGUUGAAAUAUAUCUUCAGAUGGCUACAAGUGUAUUUUGUAGCCAUGUUGUUGUAAGUCAGUGGAAAUCGAGUUAAAGCUUUGUUUACAAAUAAUCAACUUUAGUGAUUAAAACAUUUCAAUACAUGUAAUGGUAUUUCACAGUUGAAAUCACUUCAAACAAUGUUAAUACUUACUUCUAUUUUCUUGGAAAUAUGUGAGCAUAUAUGUAUGAAUGAUAGUAUGAAAUUACACAUGUAAGACUAAAUUCCUGUGAUGAAAUACACCAACACACCACACCAUAUGUUAUUUAUAAAAGUAAACACCAACAAGACCAAGGUGGUCAGUAUUUUUAUUUUGAAAAUAUUUAGCAAGAUGAGGCUUGAAUAAUCAAGGAAUAUUCUUUCAAUAUUCAAAAGGCACUAAGUCUUUAUCAUGUUUUUCAUUCUCGUUUUCUUUUUCUCUUCAUCUAUAAUUUUAAACACAUGACUUUGCCCUGGCAAUUGGGCAACGAAGUGCAGCAACUUUUCAUGGCCUUUUGAAAUGAAAACAUCAAAUUAGAUACAUGUACUUGCCUCUGAUAUGAAAUAUUUGUCUUUCUAUUAACAGAGAACAAUUUAUUCAUGUACUCAUGUUAAUAAGGUUUACUCUCAAAUUAACAUGAUUAAGGAAGACAUAUGACUGACUGACUGUAGUGGUAUAAGCAAAUCAUUAUGUUACUUUCAACAUUAAUUUAGGAAAUUUGUCUUGAAGCUAUGUCACCUCAUGAUUAAGAUAUUUGAUUUUCUAUUUGACAUGAAUAAUUUUUUAUCUUUUAGUAGGCAUAUGGGAUUUUGAUAUUUGGGACAUGGGUGAAACAUAUCACCUCAAUACAAUAUGUUGAGUAUCAUUUUAUCUUGACCUUUAAACUCUUCGUAUGAUAAUUAUUUUUGCCUUUGACAAAAAGAAAAAAAUGGAAAUUUGUUCAGACAGCUACAGUAUUUAAAAACCCCUAGUCAUGCUUCUUGAUAUUUUUUUCAAGUAUAAAUGGGAUAUGCUUUUGCCAUUUUCAGCAUAAGGACAGUCAGAUUUAGUUUGAAACUGUCACCAUUUCUUUGUCUGCACUGCUGCAAAUAAUCAGCUCAUCAUAAUAUUCAACGUAAAGGAAAUUGAGAUUUUCUAUGCUAGUUCAAAUGUUCUUGAACAUUUGUUGAGGGCUAUUGUCAUGGUCUUCCAUUGGGGAAAAGGGAUUAAGGUUAUGUUUAGCACAACCAAAUCAUGUUGUAAAUUCGUUGGUAUAACAUAACUUACAUCAUGUUCUUUUAUUAAAUUUAGAGCUAUUUUCAUAGGUGUAAUUUAGAGAAAUAAUAACCCAUGUUCACAGGCAAUAGAAGAAGACUAUUUGCAAGAAACAUAACUUUAGAAUUGUAAUCUACUGUUUAUAUUUUGAUGUUUCAGUUUUCAACAUCAGCAAAAGAAAAAAAGCAAAUUGUUCAUCAAUUUAAUGUGUAUGUGUUUAUCAGUCGACUUUUAUCAGAGAUUACUUCUACAAGCAGGAAUAAUAUAACUAUUUCUCAUAUGGCAAGUUUUUCAGUGUAAACAAAAUAUGAUCAUAUAUCCCAUACACUAUUGUUUUGUGUCCUCAUUAGUUUUUGUGCAUUUUAAUAAAAUUUAUAUAAAAGCAAAAA